AUGGGAUCCAACGUUGAGCUGGUAUGGCCAGAGUCAGAGGCAUAUUCCUCACCGUGUGAACAACUGCUCACAUGCAAAUUCAUCCCUAGCUGUAAUUCGAGCGAAGUUGAGUGCCGAACAUUAGAACAAUUCAAGACAUCAUGCUUUGGCCAUCUUCUGAAUAUAGAUAAGAUUCAGUUUAGCGGGCAGAUUGUGCAUGGGGUUGUGUUGCGUAGAGUAGCGGGGCAGGGUGUGAAAGACUUGGAUGGACUGAGUUUCUUAAUAGGGUGCGACGUUGCUCAGUUCACUCGUCAGGAUUUCUGUUUGAUCUCAGGGCUUUCGUUUUGGGGAAAAGAAGCAUUUGUGAGGUGCACAGAGGAAGAUGACGUCUACAAGCUAGCUCUUGUUUACUUUGCUGAGUUAGUGGUUUUGGGAAGGGACAAACAUUUGAACAUCAAUCUAAAUUACCUGACCCUUGUAGAGGACUUGGAUGCGUUCAACAGGUUUCCAUGGGUUUCGGGAAGAGGGAAGGGGAAAUGUAAGGUAACCGGAACAAGCCGGAGAAAUGAGAAGGGCAAGAAGGAUAACCAUGGUGAAGUGCAAAGGGGUGGCUGGAGUUUUAAAGGUUUCACGUAUGCUUUCCAGAUUUGGGUAUAUGAAUUAAUUCCUAGAAUGGUGGACCUGAAUUACUGCAAGGUUGUUGAUCCGACAGCUCUCCCGCGUAUUUUGCGAUGGAGAACUACUACGUCUGUUCCCGAGAUGAGAAAGUUGAACAAUUAUUUUUUUCCAGAGCAAAGAGGUUUGUCAGUUCAGUUGCGGGCGCUAUGUCCAAGUGAAGAGGAAAUGAGACAACCAUAUUGGAGUUGGCCACAGGGUCGCCCUGCUGUUGUCUCGGCAGAGUCAAUUCCUUCUUCAUGUGCUGACCUUGAUGAGUUGAACAAGGCGGUAAGCUUGUUGAGGUCCGAGUUGUUUCAAGUAAAAGCGGGAAAAGGACGUCCUUGA